AUGGAAUCCACAAACAACACAGGUUUUGAGAACAUCACGAACAAAGAGUGCCUUGAGGAGACGGCUACUGAGGCGCACCGACAGAAUGAUAUUCCGGAAGCUUUGCAAGAGGUUAAAAGCCCCUCUGGGGGAGCAGCUGUGGAAAAUGUAAUGGAGAAACUAAAAGCAGGAAAGAACGUCAAGGAAAAGCAAGGCAAUGAUUUCGACAGGCAGGGCCUUAAACGAAAGUCAGAGAGUGACGAAAGGCCAGCUCUGAGAAAAGAGGCACGCCAGGUGGAGCCGGAAAACCAGGCUGUCCUUCUGCUUCUCUCCCACAUCCCUCUAAAAAGCCUCAUGGAAGUGGAAAUGAAGUUGGUCUACUUUGACGAAGGGGAUGUCACCUAUGAAUUUCUGGAGUCUCAAGCCACCACCAGUGCACAACCAAAAUUUCCAGAAACUUUAAGCGCAGAUUCCCUGAGGCUGCCUGACAUGAACAUCCUGCCCCAGGUGGAGAAGUGGCUCCAGGUGGCCUUAAAGGAUGCCAGCACCUGCUACCGGCAAAAGAAGUACGCCAUGGCAGCAGGACAGUUCCAAACAGCACUAGAGCUCUGCAGCAAGGGUGCAGCUAUAGGGAGGCCCUUUGAAGCCUCUCCAAAAGAUAUUUCAAGUAUUGCCAGUUUUAUCGAAACAAAGCUUGUAAUCUGCUACUUGAAGAUGAAAAAGCCGGAGCUUGCCCUGAAUCACUCGCACAG